AUGGCUUCUUCCUCCGCUAGCCCUGCGCAAAAUGUCGAAGACGAUUCGCGGUCCGACCUAGCCGUCAAUACUCACGAUGGCUCAUCGGGCUCGAGCCCAGAAAAUCCCGAUCUGAAUCGUGAUACGGGCGUCGGCGGUGCAGACAGAAUCUACCCCAUCCGAUCGAUCGUAUCCGUCAAUCCCUCUCCAACUAGCCCAUCUCAAGCCGUUGUAUCGACCGGCUCCACGCAGCUUCGAGCUGGAGCGCGAUCUUAUUCGAUCAUAGAUUCCGACACCUGGGAUCAACUCCGCGCUCAACCAGUCUUCACGCCGCCCAGCGAUACCGCCAUCAGCAGUAGUGACAAUCAAUUCACCCCGGGAAGCUCCGAAUAUCCCUCUUUGCCCACAUCCGAAGGCCACUCGCGAAAUUCUGACGCCGGGAUCCGGGUGCCCGCCGAGUCGGACGGUUCGCUCCUGCCCGUCGACAAGAACAAAACGCACAUCACCUCCCGCUUUCAGCAUGUUAUGACGAAUGACGGACACGCCGUGGUUACCGGUAGCACACCGGAUACGUUCAUGGCGUGCGAGGACGAACCGAUCCACAUUCCGGGGGCAGUACAGAGCUUUGGGGUCUUGCUUGCCAUGCGAGAAGACGAUGACGGCAUAUUGUCAGUCCGGGUCGCAAGCGAAAAUUCAGAAGCCCUCCUCGAUCACUCUCCCAGCGAGCUGUUUGCCUUGGAGAGCUUCUGUGAUAUUCUGCACGAGGAUCAGGCGGACAUCCUUCUUGACCAUGUCGAUUUCGUUCGCGAUGAAGCUCAUGAUCCUAGUGCGGAUGGGCCGGAGGUUUUCAUUCUCUCGAUAAACGAUCGCAAUGGACGCCCACGACGCUUCUGGUGUGCAAUUCACGUGAUCCCAACCCAACGGGAGAUCAUUAUCUGUGAGUUUGAGCUAGAGGAUGAUCGAAUUAACCCGUUGAACUCGGCCGGUCGCUCCACCCCCGCCAUGCAGACGGAUACUCUCGGAUUUGAUCCGACUCCGGAGCAAUUGGCAAGCAGCACCGUCAACAUCAGCCAACCAUUGCGGGUCCUUCGAAAUGCUCGCAGGAGGCGCGGUGAGGCAGCUGCGAUGGAGGUCUUUAGCAUCGUCAGCCAGAUCCAGGAUCAACUUGGCGAUGCGAAGACUCUCGACACACUUCUCAAUAUUACGGUCGGCUUGGUGAAAGAAUUGACGGGGUUUCAUCGUGUGAUGAUUUAUCAGUUCGACAGCGAUUACAACGGGACCGUCGUGGCGGAGCUGGUGGACAUGCGAACGACGAAAGACCUCUACAAAGGGCUGCACUUUCCCGCUGCAGAUAUCCCAAAACAGGCCCGGGAGUUGUAUCGCAUAAACAAGGUCAGAUUAUUAUACGACCGAGAUCAGCUCACUUCGCGACUCGUUUGCCGCAGCCUGGAAGAUUUGAAAACCCCUUUAGACCUAACCCAUGCCCACUUACGAGCAAUGUCGCCUAUCCAUAUUCGUUAUUUGGCCAACAUGGGCGUUCGUUCGUCUAUGUCCAUCAGUAUCAACAGUCCGAAUGAUCUUUGGGGUUUGAUCUCAUGCCACACUCACGGCGAUGUCGCCAUGAGAGUGCCAUUCCCGAUUCGGAAGAUGUGCCGACUCAUCGGUGACACUCUCUCGCGCAACAUCGAACGCCUUUCCUACACUUCACGAUUACAGGCUCGCAAGCUGAUCAACACGAUUCCGACCGACGCAAAUCCUUCUGGCUACAUCAUCGCUUCUUCAGAUGACAUGCUGAGGUUGUUCGACGCCGACUACGGAGCCAUCUCCAUUCGCGGCGAAACCAAGAUCCUAGGCAAGUCAAACGAAUCGUCGGAGAUGUUGGCCUUGCUGGAAUUCUUGAAGAUGCGUCAACUCCAUUCGGUGGUCGCUUCACAUCACGUGACCAAGGAUUUUCCCGACCUGCAUUAUCCCCCCGGCUUCAAGCAUAUCUCAGGUAUGCUCUAUGUACCGCUGUCAUCUGACGGCAAGGAUUUCAUCGUCUUCUUCCGUCGAGGCCAGUUAACAGAGAUCAAAUGGGGCGGCAACCCUCAUGAGAAGGAAUUCAAGAACGGCCACCUGGAGCCUCGAAAGAGCUUCCAGGUCUGGAGUGAAACAGUGAUUGAUCAGGCGAGGGAGUGGUCCGAAUCUGAAGUCGAAACUGCGGCUGUUCUCUGCCUUGUGUAUGGGAAAUUCAUCAAAGUCUGGCGACAGCAAGAAGCCGCGCUCGAAGGAUCGCAGCUGACCAAGCUCCUGCUAGCCAACUCCGCCCACGAGGUUCGGACCCCUCUCAACGCGAUCAUCAAUUACCUUGAGAUCGCUCUUGAAGGUGUUCUCGAUACGGAGACUCGCGAUAACCUCACCAAGUCAUAUUCCGCCUCCAAGUCUCUCAUAUACGUCAUCAACGAUUUGCUGGACCUCACAAAUACUGAAAAAGGACAGAAUCUCAUCAAAGACGAGGCUUUUGACUUACCCCAAGUAUUCAAGGAGGCAAAUGCUAUGUUUGAAGGAGAAGCUAAACGAAAGGGGAUAAAAUUCACUGUCAUCACUCAUCCAGGUAUUCCUAGAACCGUUUUGGGCGACGAACGGCGCGUGCGGCAGGCGAUUAGUAACCUCAUUGCCAACGCGGUCCAACACACGACCGAGGGUGAGGUCACUGUCGAACUGUGGCGUGCUCCGGUCACCCCGGAGCCCGGCGUCGUCACUGUUCAGAUGACGGUUCUCGACACCGGAUGCGGAAUGUCCGACACCAUGCUCGAGACUCUAUUUCAAGAGCUCGAACAGGUCUCUUACAACGACGACGACACCUACUACUUCGAUCGCGAUCCGGAUAAUGCGACCCAAGGGACUGCGGAUGGAGGAGAAGAGAAAGGCGUCCUAGGCUUGGGCUUGGCACUGGUGUCGCGGAUCGUUCGUAACACUCACGGUCAGCUCAGUGUCCGGUCUGAAGAAGGCAAAGGAAGCCGCUUCCAAAUCUCACUCCAAUUCGCGACUUCGAGCGAUGAACAACCGGAAUUGGAGCCGGUAGAUGUUCCAGCUCACACCGAGAGUCCAACGCCCUUCCAGCAGAAGGAAGAAUUCGUCCUAGUGGAUAAUAGCUCACCCACGCCGAGCGAGGGCCGACGACGGAGUGGCGACAAUUCUCGCGCUGGAGGCACGGAAAAAGCACAUCCCGGUCAAAUCCCGAUCGAAAGCCUCAAAGAUAAACUUGCUGGUGUUUCUAUUCGAGAACUGUCCAAACUCUCUCAGACGGAGUCCGCAGAUGAUGGGGCAGACUCCUCGCAGUCAGACACGAAGGUGCCCGCAUCUCCUAUCACACAGCCUUCGGGAAUUCAAAUCACGCCUCAAGGAGAUUCCCAACCUAAAACCCCCACUGGUACAUAUAGCAUCUUGGUCGCGGAGGAUGAUCCUAUCAACAGCAAAAUCAUACAGAAAAGGCUUGGCAAGGCCGGUCAUGCUGUCGAAUUGACUGUCAACGGUGAAGAAUGUGCGGCGGCAUUCCGUGCCGACCCUGCGCGUUAUGACCUUGUGCUCAUGGACAUCCAGAUGCCAAUCGUUGACGGGAUCAAUUCAACCAAAAUGAUCCGACAAGUUGAAACGGAGCCCAACUGUGCGCUCUCUCCGAUCGCACAAGCCAACCAACAAAUACCCAUUUUCGCAGUCUCCGCCUCUCUUCUCGAAAAAGACAUGCCCUUGUACGUCGGUGCUGGUUUCGAUGGAUGGAUCAUGAAACCCAUCAACUUCAACCGUCUCAACGUACUUUUGUAUGGUUUAGAAGAUGAGAAGACGCGUCGCAACGCCACUUACCGGCCCGGAGAAUGGGAAAACGGGGGCUGGUUUCCGUCGCUUUGA